AUGGCACGUCUGAGUUUUUAUGAUGUUACAUUAAUGCUAUAUACUAUAGGCAUUCUUUUGACUAUGGAACAUGGGUACAAUUCAUCAAGCAUGGGACUAAACAGUCGAUUAUCAAAGAGGAUAUCCACAGAACUAGCAAAUAAUGUGUCUAAUCAGCAACAUGUUAAUGUAGCUUCGGACGGAAGAAACAAUGACAAAUUUUACAUGCAAAAUAACCUUUUAGCCAAUGAUGCUUCAGGUGACAUCAAUUUUCCAAUCAGAGAUCCUGUUAAUAGAGAACCACAAUCUAGUAGUGACCUGUUUCUGGCCAAGGCCUGGUUUCUAAGUGAUCAAAGAGUAACAAGAAGCCGGUCCUCUGAAUUGAGGCGGAGGUAUACUGAAAUGCAAAAUGCUCAAACCAAACAAGGAAUGGAAUCAAUGAGCAUGGCCCCUCAACAUGUUGUGGACACUACAAAACAAGAAAUUGCAAAUUUUAAUGGUUUUGAUCACAUUACUGUAUGUGAGCUUCCAAGCCAAAAGGGAUCAUUCAUGUCUCCCUCAAACUCAUCUUCAACUACCUUCCACACUCAUCAAUUGGUUAAUGCAGAUAAAGUCUCAUCUUGUGUAAGUAUGCUAAAGGGUACAUUACAACGCAAGAGACUUGGAAACCAAGUUGAGAAAGAAGCUGCAGGAGAUAGCUUAAAUGGACUUUUUUAUCCUCAAGAACCACUUUUCCAAACUGGGUUUAAUGAAGAACAAGAACAUUGGAAUCAUCAAAAGCUAAUAAAUGUUCAAGGGGGCUCUACUGUUCAAAUUAAGGAUCCUGGAGUUUACUUUGUCUCAGAUGGUUUUGCAAAUCAAACAAACCAAACAUAUGUGGGAAAUACUUCCCGAGAACCAUCUCAAAGCGAAUCCUCUGCUGCUGCACCAGUAAUCUCUUCUGGUCUGGAUGCAUGCGAAGGUCCCAGCAAUUCAAAUCAAAAUCUUUGUGAAAGCUCGUGGAAACAAGUGGGAGUAAGUAGAAGUUCAGAAAAUACUCAAAACAGAGUCAAAGGUGUCAGAGAACAGAUAAUGGAUAAUAUAAAAGAUGAUCGAAAGAGGAGAAGUCUAGAAAGAUACGGAUCUGUAACAUCAGCUGUUUCAGAGGAAAAAGGGGACACCACAAAAAAGCGUAGAGUGGAGCGUUCAAGGAAAAUGGCUGAGGCAAAGGAAAGAAAUUUGACACCAUCAGUUCCCUCUGACGUGCAAGCUGUUUUGAAGCGGUGUGAGACCCUUGAGAAGGAAGUUCGAUCACUCAAACUCAACUUGUCCUUCAUGAAUAGGAAGGAUUCUGAACAAACAAAGCAGAUAGAGGACCUUCAGAAGCAGAAUGAAGACUUGGCAGAUGAAAAGGAGCGUCUCCUUGAAGAGAUUGAAAGAAUUCUUUCUGAAACAGGAAAGAUCUAA